AUGGCGACUGCGCGCGAGCGGAUCAGGCUGGUGCUGGGCCGACUCGUGGCGGCCGCACUCCGUCGCUCCGGCAUUAUCUGCGCUGUGAGCGUGACAGCGGGUCUCGUGCUGCUGCUGCUGCUCCCCGCCCUCAGCGCACCCACCUACGUGGACGAGAACGCGCUCAUGCCAGGCUCAGCAUCUCCUCGCUAUUCCGAAUCUGAUGCCCGCUACGCCAUUGCGCUGCUGCAAUCGCUGCACACCCACAGGGGUUCGUUCGACGAGUGGAUUGCUCACCAUCUGCGGGCCUUGCAACUACCUCUCUACCCGCACGUCUGGUCCCCUUCCUCCUCUCGCCUCACACGCACCCACCUCUCCACCCACCCUUCUGAUGAUGAUGGUGAUGGUGGCGAUGGUGCUGGUGGUGGUGGUCAAGGUGGUGAAGGGAUAGACGAGGCUGUGGAGCAGGAGCAGGUGCAAGCAGCAGAGAGCAUAGCCACGGUGCUCCGGUCCCGUCAGGGCUACAGCGAUGAGGCCUUUGUGCUCGUCACGCCUUUCACUCGCCUGCGCACCAGCAGCAGCAGCAGCAGCAGCAGCAGCGGCGGCGGCAGCGAGGGUGUGUCUCCCUGCGUGUCCCCAUCCGACGCGCUCUCAGUGGCAGUCGCACUCUCUCUCCUGCGCCUGCUGUCCCAGGCGCAGUGGCAAGCCAAGGACGUGGUCAUGAUGAUUGCGGCUGUGACCCUCCAAGCCAGCCCUGAUUGGCUUGGAGGCCCCGUCGACUCGCUCGAAAUUCGGGCGGACGGAAUCAACGGGCAGAUGCCAAACCUCGACCUGCCCGCCACAGUCCAAAAAAUCUCAUCUUGGCUUUCCCUCAAACUCUCCAUCCAGCCUCCCCCAGACCUCCCUCCCCCUCUCCUCCACCUCCUCCCGUCCUCCACCCUAGACCUCCUCUCAACCGCCGUCUCUCGCACUGCAGAAACCCUAACCACCGUGGGGGCCUGGCUAGAGAGCGUGGGAGUAAAGGGCGUGGUUACCGGCGGGCGUGAGUUUGAGGAGGGGGCCAGGGGACUGGCUCGUGUGCUAUGGAACCAGCUGGUGGGAGGGGCGUCAGGCACACACGGUGCGUUUCGAGAGGUGCAAGUAGAUGCAGUCUCUCUCACAGUGCUUCCCCAAGGGUACCUUGGGGGGAGGGGGGCCGGCCAGGGAACCGCAGGCGGCGGGGUGGGUGGGAUGGGAGCGGUGAGGGCGGGGACGGGGAAGGGGGAGCGGAAGGGGAAGGUGGGCGGAAAGGGCAAGGGGAAGGGGGAGGGGAAGGGGAAGGGGAAGGUGAAGGGGAAGGGGAAGCGUCCGGAGCUGAGGGUGAACUUGCAGGCAGACAUGUCAUCAUACGUCCAUCUAGGAAUGCUGCUGGAGUCUGUCAUUCGGUGCUUCAACAACCUAUCGGAGCGGCUGCACCACUCUCAUUACUACUACCUGCUGCUCUCGCCCACGCGCUUUAAAGCAGCCGACACAGCAGCAGCCGUGCAGGCAGCAGCCCUCGUGUGCCUGCUCUUUCUUUGGGCUGCCCUUGUGGCCACCAUUCCCCCCCACUUGCAGCACCUCUCAGACAACCUCCUCUCAUCCCCGAAUCCCCUCCCUUUCGCCCAACUCCUCUCGUCACUCCUCCCCAUGCUUCCCCCCUCUCCCCUGCUCUCACUCCCCUCACUCCCCUCAUUCCUCCUCCCGUCGUUUCUCCUCCCCACGAGCCCGACUCACUGCCUGCUGCUCUGGACAACCACCACUCUCUCCUCUCUGGCCAUUGUCGUUUCUCUCUGGUGGUCUAUCAUCUGCCCUUCUGUUGCUAGAACUGUCUGCUCCCUCAUCUCCACCCCUUCACCGCAUCUCACCGCAGCCUGUUCCGCCCAACAUCACCUUGCACCACCUCCCACCGCUGCCAACCCCUCCUCCUCCUCCUCCUGCUCCUCCUCCUCCUCCUCACCACUCUUGACCUCCUCCCACCUGUCCUCCUCCCCACCGACCAUAUCCCAAUCCGCCUUCUGGCAAAUGGUUAGAGCACUAAGCCUAGGAAUCGUGGGGGUGACUAUUGUCUCAGCCAGCUGUAGCAACUUCGCAGUGGCUUCCCUCUCUGCCGCACUGCUCUUUCUCCUCUGCAGCCUCAUUUCCACGCGACCCAGCUCCCUCCUUACCCCACCAACCUGCAUUCCCCACAUUCAGCCCAUGGAAAACACACGCACAUGCACAUACACCCCCUCCGCUGCUGCUGCUCCCAAUCAAAUGUGGUUGUCCGGUCAGUCUCUUGCCGUUGCACUUUCAGUGGCGGCAGUAGCUGCUGUCGCUGCAUCCGUUGCUGCAGUUAUGUCUGGUGCUCACAGCAGGUAUCCUGUUGGGGGGUCUGCUGCUGAGGGAACGGGGGCAGGUUUGGGAGAGGUGUGGGAGCUGGUGAGUGCUGAGGGGUUCUGGUGGUGGGUGGUGGAGAGCGCAGUGCAAGGAAGUGCUUUAUAUGGCAUGGUGUUCCGCAUAUUGCUGCCGGUGCUGGUCAUUGGCAUUGUUAAUCUACUUGCUCGCAUGCAGUCCGUUCUGUCUCCUUCAUAA